AUGCCAUCUGCAGACGAUGACUGGGCUACAAAGCGACUAGAACAGCUUCUCUCCUCGCAGUUUGACUUUGAUUCCAUACCGACAGCUGCACCAACACUCAAGAAAAGAAAACGUGAAGACGACAAUGAGGAGACAGAAGACGUAGAUCAAGACAUAGAUUCAAGUCUGGAAGACACUUAUGAUGAUGAGAUAGACGACGAUGUGGUAGUAGAUACUCGCCCAGAAGUAGAAACGAUUGUUUUUCAACAAGCAUCAAGUACGAAAUCAACACCACAUUCGAGGGCUGCUUGGAAGCAGUUUAUGUCAUCGGACGUCUCAAAAUUAAGCAAAGCUGAUAAACAGGCGAAACCUGUAACUAAAGAAGAGGCUGAUCAAGAUCGUCAAGACGAUUUACAUGACACUGAACUGAUGGAUUUGCUCAAGACUACAAAACUUGUGGAGCAAUACACUUCUGGAGAACUUACAGGUCGCGAUCGUCGAGAUUAUAUGAAGAAGAAGCUGCUAGAACUUGGUGCCAAGGGCGAGAAACAAGACAGACACCCCCUAAAUAUCCGUCUCGGCAUGCACAAAGCAUCAACAGACCGUGCCGAGAAACGUAUUAAGGACGCCAAAGAAACAUCCAUGUAUCACAAAUCAAUCAAGAAUGUCUUUUCUAAUGAUUUAGAAUUGUUGGGCAAGACGAAACGACAUCGUCCGUUACGAAAGAUUGAAAAGGGGCUGAAACCUACCAUUGGGAAGUUCAAGGAUGGCGUGCUGCAUUUGAAUGAGAGGGAUAUUCGUGGUGGUGGCAGUAGUAGAGGGUCUGGUAGCAGCAGGGGAGGUGGACGAGGUGGCUCGCGUGCCGGAAGAGGUUCGUCUUCUGGCAGAGGAAGGGGUGGCAAGAAGAGGUGA